ACAGCUUUCCACUCCUAUUCUGGCAGGUCACCAGUUAUGCUUCUCGUGAAUUCAUUCUCUUCACCCAGUGUGUCGUGCGCUUAGCCGUGCACUCACUGUUUCCAUUUCCAAGAGGAAAGGGACGUCUUUAUCGUUUAUCUCCCAUAUCUUUGAUUCAUGGUCUUUUCGUGUUCUUGAUCGGCCGUACGGCCUUUUGUUUCCUUCGUGUUGUUUGUUUGAAGCGACUGCCUUUUAAUUCACCGCCGCGACUGGAAUCGCCUUGACUCGACCGUUUGAAACGAUGUCGAUACCAACAAACCUACCGGAGGGGGCUUCAAUCACAACCAUCAACGGGAAGCAAUGUACGGCAGUGCCCAAGGCAAAGGUGCAGGGCCUGGCGACGGGGAACGGGCAGGCUCUGCAAACUGAACAGACGACGUCAACAUCUAGUAGUUCAACAUCUAGUUCAACAUCAAGCUCAACAUCGAACUCAAUUUCAUUUUCUACCAGUACGAGCUCCGCUUUAACGGAGGCACAACCAACAACGACCACACAAGUCCAAGCUCCGCCAGCCUCAGUCCCAGUCCAGGAAACCAUCGCGCCGCCAGCUCCGGAUGUUACUACCACGCCAACUCCAACACCAACACCGACAACGUCGGUGGCCGUGCUAGCAACAUCACUACCUCCAGAAUCUAUUGUCACCCCUGAUGCCACUGCUGAUACGGCUACGGCAGGCAACGGAUUUAUAACAACGACAGGGACUGCGACAAUAACGGAUUCAACAGGAACAGCUACAGCCGGCUCCGGUGAGACUUCAUCCACAAAUUCUGGUGCCAUAGCCAAUAUCGGCAGCAAUGCCGCCAGCACGCGAAGGACGGUGGCGGUAGCAGGAGGUGUCAUUGGAGGGUUGGUCGCCGUCUCGCUGAUAGUAUUCUUUGUGUGGCUCUGGAAGAAGAAGAUGAUUAAGAAGCGGAGGAGCACCUCGUUGACGCCUCUGACACCAGGACCAGGAUUCGGUGCGGAUGAGAAGAGAACAUACGCGAUUAGCCAGGACUCCAUUGGACCGACGCCGGUAUUUGUCAAGAUCAAGGCCGCAUUGGGAGAGAACAUGAAGAGGAUCCAGGACGGGCUCGGGAGCAUCGUGGGACGGUCUAGUUCGCGUGGCAUCAACCUGAACAGGGGCAACUCUCAGUUCAUGGAAGUGCCAACGCAUAGUCGUGAGAACUCGACGGUCGGUGUAGUGGGUGGCACACUCACGAGAAAAGACCGAUACCUCAAUUGGUGGAGCCGCUUCAACGAAGACGCCAAGUUCAACUGGAGGAUACGAGGAGGACCGAAACGCGCCAACAACGACUCCUACACUGCCACACGGGGCAUGUCGAAGACCAAGACCAAGGCAGGAGGACAACCAGACUUCCUGACGUUACUCAGCAUGGACGACCAGCAGCUGGAAGCACAAGAAAACCAGGGCAGCAACAGGAAAAUUGGCAAGCGUCGUUCCACCAUACCUGGAGCUGGUGAUCACUUCCUAGGCUCUCUGGGACUCAACUUCGACUCGAACCCCUUUGCGGACUCCAACUCGAUGCUGCACGACUCGGCCCGGCCAUCACCCUUAAUCGUCCCCGGGCAAAAUAACCCCUUCUCGGAUAUGAACGCCAUCCGACAACCGCGAGCAACGCGACCCGUCGGGCCUGCCACUUACGUGCAAAACAUGCGCCAAUCGCGCGGCCAGUCUGUGGGCGGAGCCACUUCGCGCCCGCCGAGUACGAACACUAACGGCAACGGUGCCCGCAUGGACAGCCUGUACCGCGACUCAGCAACAUCCGUCGACUCCUUUGCUACGCGGCGAAACAAGUUUCGCUCCGACCCCUUCGACCUCGACCGUCCCGAGCUGCUGUCCUCGUCCGCCGAAUCCAACGAACGGUUUUUCGGCGACUUAGAGGGACAGAACCCCCCGCCUCGUGCUCACGUCCGCACAUCGAGUUACAGCAGCAAAUACUCGAGCGGCAUGGAGAGCGUGAGCGAAUGGAGUGAUCCAGGGCCUGACGUCGGGCCCGCGAGUACAAGGUGGGAUAGCCCUACUCCCACAGGGGAGAGGACUGUGCCGCUGUGGCUGGGACCGGGAUUGCAUCGCAAGAGCGCUUCUAGUCAGGGGAGUGUUGGAAAGGCUUUGUAGGAUAUUCUUAUUAGUAGUGUUUACCCUGGGUGGGUAUAUGUCGAAAAUGGAUGACUGGGGCUGGUUACAUAUCGGGUUGAAUGAGUGUGUCUUUGUUCCUGUCUAUAUAUAUACGUCCGAAUUACGAAAUUUCAGACUGCACGUGUCAUGGUUAUACCAAAAGCUUGGGAAGGGGUUCGGUCAGCGUGGCGUGGUUGGGUGACGGGUGAUGCUGUUCAACGACGAUGGCGGAGUCCAGGGGCGUUCGUUUUUAAUACCUGGGACACAUAGCCAUACCGUACUAACCUAUACCAUCACUUGUACUUCUUCAAGAAAG